UUUGCCACAUUUCCUUUUAAAUCAUUAAUAUAGACAACAAAUAUUCUAUUCAGGACAUACUCAACUUUUCUUAAAAAUGUGAACCUUUUCCAAUUUGGACGGGUGGGGGUAUGCACCCAUUGCACCCCCUGGAUACAGACCUGACAAUAAUUUUUCACUGACAAUGUUAAGCAAGAUGAGUAAAGACCAGACUUUUAAUUACAUUAAUUAAUUUGUUUUGUGUCCUACUCACACAUUCAUCUAUUCUAUAAUAAAUGUGAAAAAACUACAACCUGCAUAUUGUAUACUAUAAAGUAUAUUUUUUCUCAAAUUAAGAAUAAAAUAUAAUAGUAAAACAGCUGGAAAGUUUGGUAUGCUAGAUAUUUUAAAGUGGAUUGAUGGAAUAAGAUGUUUCUUGGGGUUAUCUCAAUCUUGUAGGUCUCUAUGUGAUUUUAAAAGUAGUACAGAAAAUAUGUGUACAGAUUAUAUUAUAUUAUAAUAAACAAAAAUGAGCAAAUGUAAACAGCUUUGUCAAUGUGUCUAUAUAUGUUCACAUCACACCACUAAUUGAAUCAUCGCAAAAGAAUUACGACAAUAUGUAGUCUCCAUAGCAAAAUAAAUUGUUGGUGGCACUCUCAACGAUUUGUUGAUUGCGUGCAUUUUCUUUUUGCAUUCAUUCUCCAUGGGAAAGGGCUGUUCUAAAGAUUGUUAGAACAGUAUAUGCCCAGAUUUAGUCCGCAUUUUUUCUGCACCUAGGAAAACUGAAACAAGCAGUGCCCUUCAUAGACUGAGGGUACAAGAUUUAAGAACAUUUUUUUGUUCCAUAAUACUGUACACAGAAAAGACAAAAAUGGCAUUUAUCAUCUGUAAUUAAUGUAUAGGACACAUGGAAAGAAUACCUGUUACCCAAGGUAGGGCCUAUAACAGGUAUGCUCCUCCAAGGUAAAGACGACCUUGACAACUCAUCAUUCGGCAGAGAGGGUUCAUUCCUAUAUUAGGUGAAGUCUUGCCUAGUGCAAGACAGCUGCCAUGACACCCAAACUAACUAUGGCAUUAUUAAGUACGUAUGUGGCAUGAUUUGCAUAAAGCAGUUGCGUGCAAAUUGCCAUCUUUGGCUGGCGUUCAAUGCCUGACGGAUGGCACUCUGGUGUGGUCUUCCUUUGAUAUUUUGUUUUAUAUCAUAGAAUGUAAGAAUCUUGAAUGUUUCACAAUUAUGUCAUCAGAUGCAGUGGGCAAUCUAGUUGGGCUGUCGCUGUUCACUCUAUACUGCCUAUCAUUGUUAGACUUUCUUCAGCAACAGUAUCUGUGAAACUUUCUAUUGAAUGAGUUGGCAUUUUUGAAACCAUUGCAGAUCAUAGAAAAGAGAAAUCUAUUCUAGGUUGAUGUUAUUUUAAUGUGGUAGUACAGGCCAUGCGCAGCUAUUGUUCUUAUCUGAUCCUGGUUUGUUGCUUUAGUGGGGAUGAGGUAGUUAAUGUUUAGGCUGUUUAUGUUCACAUUUUGACAUCAUUCUUAGGACAAAAUCUAGGUGCAGCUUAAACAAGUUAGGGCUCUCUUUCCUUCCUCGACACACACCAGAUGUUGUUUCAAAUUGGUCAGCAGGGUCUUCACUAGCAAUGUAGGCUUUUGCACUUUUGUGGACUGUGUUGGACGAAUUCAAUUCUCUAUUGACAUGGUCAUAUGAAACAUAAUUAUGAAGAGUUUUGUUGUAAUCGGUAGUCUAUUAUUACCUAUUAGUUUUUUGCACAUGUACAUGCUGCCAUUGAAUCCUGGGUGAUGUAUUCUGGUGGGUUAGUAAUUUCUAGCACAGUUGCAAAAUUAGAUUGGUCAGGGUUGAAAUGAUCUUUGAAAUAUUUUUGCAGCUUUGGGCAUUUCACCUGCCAGUGGGUUUUUUCUUUAUUACAUCACCAUGUUCUUUUGCUGGUCUCCACUGUUCUACAACAUUCCUACUUAGUAUCGCCUCAAUUAUCUUUUCAGCUUUGUCGUCAUAAGCAUGCAGCCAUUUUUUCUGCAUUUGUUUUGUUAUGACAAUCAUUUUCUGACAGUUUUGUUUUUAGAUUGUGCACUUACUUCCUUAAAUAACAAAUUUUAUUAGAUCAUCAUCACCAUCCAGGGGAUAUAUAUGUUUCCAUUUGUCAAUCCGAAUAUACAUACUGUUGCUUUGUGUAAGCAUAAUUCAAUGGUGACGCCUCAGAUCUACUAUAUGAACUUGCAAUGUUAUUGUCUAUCAGUUUCUUUGUUUUUCCAUCAUUACUAUGCCGUGUUUAUAUUUUUGACGGUGAUCAAACCAUGUGUAUAAUAUAGAAAACUUUCUUUUAUUACAGCAGUCAAGAAGCAACUCUCCAUUUUCUUUUGAGUGGUCAUUGCUUUCAACGUAACCAUCAAAACAGGACUUCCUAGAGGUUUCAGCAAGUUAAAACAUGGCUACAGCUUCAGGCGUCCCAGAAGAUGAGCUGCAGAAAAUACUGACAUCUAUUGAGGAAAUAAUUUGGAGCAAACAGACUUAUACUGUACAAGAUAUAUAUGCUCGGUGUGUAUUUCCUGUCUUUGCAAAGGUUGAAGACAGCUUCUAUGGUGACCAGUUUACUGAAAGUUACUGUACUGGUGAGAUCCUAUGGAUAAGUGGAGGAAUUGAACAAAAAAGAGUUAUCAUGGAAUCUCACAAAGGAGAAUGUUUGAGUAUUCCCAUCUCAAAUAACUUCAAAAUAAAGAGAUCAAAUAGUGAAUAUGAAAAAUAUCAGCCGCUUACUGAUAUAUUGGUGGAAAGUGAAAUGGGUGAAUGGAUUGAAAUCAGUGACACAACGCUCUACAACUACAAAAAUGAUGACAUUUGGAAUAAGUUUACCAGAUAUGACUUCAGAUCCAUGAAGAUCUCAGGGAAACACAGCAUGACGUUCCUAACUGGGUUUUUACUAUUUAAAGAGAUGAGCAUCCUUGAUUGUUCACCAUCCGUGAUCAGGCACCACCCUCAACAAACAUUUGUACUGGGCACAGGUCUCAAAACACACACCUCUGUAAAGUGGACUCAGUUUUUUCAUGAUGAGCCUAUAUUACCAGGAAUUAUUUUAUAUUCAAAGGAAUACAAUAACAGAAAAAGCCAAAGCAUGCAGCUAAUGAGUUCAGAAGAAAUUGAAGCUAGGAAUGGAAAGGAGGGUAGUAAUGGUAGCAAAGACCAAGAAGACAUGCAAUCUUAUGACAAAAUAAAUACACAUCCUGAAAAUUUAACCAGUAAAUCAAGGGGGGGAAAAAAAAGAAAGUACAAGAAAAACAUACGGAAAUUAUUAAAACAGCCAUCACAUGGAACAUUGGAAAAGGCCAUAAAUAAAUGCUAUAAACAGAUUCCUCCGGUAAUAGAACAAUGGGAAAAAAAUGAGGAAAAUAAAUAUGAAAAAUUGAUACUCAGUAAUAAGGAUCAGGCUCAUAAUUAUUUUGAAAUAGUUCAGUGUGUUCCCGAAAAUAAUUUACCACUUACUCCUGAUAAGACUCAAGAGCAGCAUACAGAUAAAUGCUACAGUCACUCAGAGUUGAUUAGUUCUGCCAUAUACCCAUCAGUUUCAUCGAUUCACAACCAACCCAACCUGUCUAAAACUCCAAUCAGCACACCUAAUUGCUACGAACGUGAACUACCAAUGAUUCCACCAUCAAACGUUGUAGUCUCUUCGUCAAACAGUUACUAUGAAAUCCCUUUGUCAAUUAGUUACAAUGAAAUUCCUGUGCCAAUGCUAGAAUGCAAGUGUGACAAAAUUGACACCAGUACAACACACGAGUUUGAAAAGUUAAAAAUAAAGGAUGGACCAAUUCGUCAAAACGAUGAUUUACCACAAGAUCUUAGGAUGCUGACUUUAGAUCAGGUUAAAGACUGUCUUCACCUUCUCCACUUGGAAAGGCUUGUUGAUAAAUUUAAGGAAAAUGACAUUGAUGGCAUCAUUCUUUGUGAGCUUUCAAAAGAUAUACUUACCAAUGAUCUUGGCUUAACAAACAUUGAAGCUAUAAAACUAAGUAAGUUUAUAGACCAAAAAUGGUUGCCCAAUAGCAGCUAAAUUUUUUUUAUUUUUUUUUAUUUCAUCAAUGGAUAAACAUUUUUAUACAAAACUUAGCUAUGCCUUUCUAAAAUGGAUUUUUUUUUAGAAACAUUUUUAUUUGU